AUGGGUGGCGAUACAAGAAACAAGAUAGCCCUAGCUGUUCUCUUGAAAAAAUUUGUGACCAAGUUACAGAGGCUUGUCAAUGCUAGCAGAGAAGUUUGUUGUGCUCCUAGUCCCAGAAUAAGGUGUGAAGAAAAAGUUGGGUUUCUUCCUAGAGAUGUCCCCAAAGGCCACUUUGCAGUAUAUGUUGGGAGUCAAAGAAGCAGGUUUGUAGUGCCCACAACUUAUUUGAGCCAACCUUUGUUCCAGACAUUGCUUGAGAGAGCUGAGGAAGAGUAUGGAUUUGAUCACCAUAUGGGGCUUAUCAUCCCCUGUGAGAAAGUUGCCUUUGAGAAUAUAACUGCUCUUCUGGAAAGAGAAGAUCCAACACUGGACUGUUGGGGGAUAAACAAGAUAAUGGGCUUCUUCCAUAAUGCAAAUCCAUGUAUGGCAACUACUUUCUGA